AUGUGUCGUUGGUUCGCCUACAUUUCUCCGUCGGAGCCCACGCUCCUCGCCGAUGUGCUCAUCACUCCAUCCAACGCCAUCACCAAGCAAUGCUCUGAGCACUACCUCCCAUACUUGUUGCCUCAUGGCGAAGAGAAAGAACUCGAUGAUGCUCCAGACGAGCUUCUCCGGAUGCGUAACUCCCUUCUCAACAUGGACGGUCUCGGUGUCGCCUGGUACACUCCUUCAGCUGCUGCCUAUACAAACAAGAAAUCCGGAAUGAGACCGGCUUUGUACAAAAGUCAAUCUCCUCCAACGAACGACUUCAAUUUUCGAAGUCUGUGUGAGAAUACGGAGAGUAAUUGUCUUUUUGCGCACAUUCGCGCCACCAGCGGCAGCGUGGUUACGCCAGUGAAUAGUCAUCCGUUCACCUUUGGACGGCAUACUUUUAUGCAUAAUGGUGUCAUCUCCGACUUCACUCGCGUCCGCCGUGACAUGACGGACCUCAUGGCUUAUGACGCCUACGAGAAUGUCCGUGGCAGCACUGACAGUGAGCAUGCCGCAGCAAUGUACAUGACCUUUCUUUGCGGCGGACCUGAGAAAUGCACCAAGGACGCCUGGGAGAAGACUUAUCCUUUGGACGCCAUGCGUUCGGCCCUCCAGUCCACAGUCAUCGGCAUUCUAGAACAACAAGCCAAAGAGCUCGGCGACAAGAAGACUCCCAACAGUCUCAACUUCUGCGCCACAGACGGAACGCAACUCGUCGCAUGUCGUUUCCGGAACAGCUUCUCCCAGCAGCCACCGAGUUUGUACUGGAGUGAAUUUGCUGGUCGCACAUUGAAUCGCAAGUAUCCUGGUGACCCCGAUGGGUUGAGAGAGAACACGGAUCAGAAAGUAGGGGAGGAGGAGAGAAUUGGAAAGCACACGAUUGUGGCGAGUGAGCCUACGACGUACGAUGAGAAGGAGUGGCAUUUGAUUGGCAGGAAUUGUAUUUUGCUUGUUGACGAGAAGGGUGUGGAGACGGAGGUGCCGUUGGAGUACGAUGAGCAGAAGUUGAAUGCGCGAGUUGGUGGAGAAAAGGUCAUGUAG